CGCCGGCUCGGGCCCGGCGCCGAGCCCACGCUGCUGCAGGGGCCCGGCGUGUCCUGGGUGCACCCCGACGGCGUGGGCGUGCAGAUCGACACCAUCACGCCCGAGAUCCGCGCCCUCUACAACGUGCUGGCCAAGGUCAAGCGGGAGCGCGACGAGUACAAGCGCAGGUGGGAAGAGGAGUAUACUAUGCGUGUCCAGCUUCAGGACCGAGUGACUGAGCUGCAUGAGGAAGCUCAGGAAGCCGAAGCUUGCCAAGAAGAACUGGCCUUAAAGGUGGAGCAGCUCAAGGCAGAGCUGGUUGUAUUCAAGGGACUGAUGAGCAAUAACAUCACGGAGCUGGAUACCAAGAUCCAGGAGAAGGCCAUGAAGGUGGACAUGGAUAUCUGCCGGCGAAUUGACAUCACGGCCAAGUUGUGCGACGUGGCACAGCAGCGCAACUGUGAGGACAUGAUCAAGAUGUUUCAGAAGCAGCUGUCUCUGCACUUGUCUCCCAUUAAGGUCCCAGGCGCAGCUGGGCGGAAGCGAGAGCGGAAGCAGGUCAGCGAUGAGGACACUUCACUGUCUGAGAGUGACACCUCCAGGAAGCCUGAAGAUGGGGAAGAUGAGACCACAGCCAUGAACAUUAAUGAAGAGAUGCAGAGGAUGCUGAAUCAGCUGCGGGAGUAUGACUUUGAGGAUGACUGUGACAGCCUCACAUGGGAGGAGACUGAGGAAACGCUGCUGCUCUGGGAGGAUUUCUCUGGAUAUGCAAUUGCAGCUGCAGAGGCACAGAGCGAGCAGCAGGAUGACAGUCUAGAGAAGGUGAUUAAGGACACAGAGUCUCUCUUCAAGAGCCGUGAGAAGGAGUAUCAGGAAACCAUCGACCAAAUUGAGCUGGAGCUGGCCACAGCAAAGAAUGACAUGAACCGACAUUUACAUGAGUACAUGGAAAUGUGCAGCAUGAAGCGUGGGCUGGAUGUGCAGAUGGAGACCUGCCGCCGGCUCAUCACCCAGUCUGGGGACAGAAAGUCUCCUGCUUUCACUCCAGUCUCAAACAGUGAAUCAACCCCAAACGAAGAAACAGAGGAGUCUGAUCGUGACCCCCCAAGUGAAGCCUCCAUCAGAUAAUUAGGAAGGCCCCAUCCCUUUGCCACCUUCUUGGCAAGGGAGAGGGUGGGGGUGUCUGAGCCAUGGCUUGGAGCAACUGACAGGAAUGUGGAACUGCCAUCAGGACUCUGUCACCAAACCCCUCCUGACUCAGGCCAGGCGGGGGAUUCACCCCAAAGGGACAUGUAAGUGGGAAUAACUAGAUAGAUGUGAGGGCCUUCGUGUGGGGCCCCCUCCAGUUCCCUCUGUAUUCCCUUCUCCUGCUUUGAUCCUUCUGGGGUUCAGGAAGGGAGGAUCCCACUUCACUAUAGCAGCAUCCCUGGGACUGGGGUUCCUGGGACCUCCCAACCCCAAGUCAUCUGGCCCCUGUCCUGGUAUACUUGACCUGGCUCCCCUGCUCCCUUUGUGCUGCACAGAAGCAGAACCGGAGCUGUGCCUCUCCGCAAACUGGACCUUAUACUGGUGCCAACUGGACUGAGUGCUGGGCUCCCUGCCCUCCCUGUUCACUGAACACUCACAGCAUCCUUAUGCCACCCUGCACAAGGGGCUCGGGAGUCUCCUCUCUUCGGGGACAUUGGCUUGGCCACCCCACCCCUUCCAUGCACUUUGCUUUGCUGCGGAUUUGUGGUGCAAUGACACGUGAACAUGUUUGUGACAGAAACAAGGAACCAUUAAAUGGGAUAGUUCCCUUUUCUA